GUAAGAAAGAUAUCCAAGUGCUGGAAGCGCCAAUAACUGGCGGCGUUGCUCUGUUGCGGCAAAGUAAAAUGACGGUACUUGUGGGUGGAGACGAACAUCUGUUUAAAGAAUGUUUGCCCAUCCUUCAACAGACCAACAAGGUGGUUCUCCACAUGGGAAAAAUUGGAACUGCCACGAUUGCGAAGGUCAUCUCCAACAUGCUGGCUGCCAUUAAUAACGUAACACUUGGGGAAGCCAUGAUGUUGGGAAAGAAGGGUGGCGUGGAUCUGAAAGCUCUGUUUGACGCCAUUAGAUUUAGCGCAGGAAACACGUUUGUAUGGGAAACUCAGGUACCACUGAUCUUCAAUGGUAGCUAUGAUCCUGAUUUUACCCUUAAUCUUCACUGCAAAGAUUUAAACCUUGGUUACGAAUUGUCCCGUAAAUUUGGAGUUCCUAUUGAGACGUUUGCGCUGGCUGAGCAGAUAGUCAACCGCGCUCGCCUUAGGUACGGGGAUGAAGCAGGAUCCACUUUCCCACCGAAAUUAUUGGAAGAUGAUCUGAACGAGCCAUUGCAGAUUGACGGCUUUGAAGAUUGGACAUACUCGGUUGAGCAUGUUGGCGGUUCGAUGGCUGUUGUGCAUACUACAAAGGACAAGGCCUACAAUGAUGAACAAUAA